AUGGACGGGGUUGCGCUUGUUGUUAGUGCUGACAGUAACUUAGGAUAUCAAGUUUUGAAAAAACUAACAAAGAUCUUUAAAUCGAAAAUAUAUUUCACUACCGACGAUGAAACAACAGGCUACAAUAUUCUCAAGAAUCUGGAAAAAUACAACAACAUUGAAUAUAUUAAAAUGGAUAUAACAUACACCAAAAGUAUUAUUAAUUUAAGGCAUUACAUUCAAGAUCGAGAUGAGAGAAUAGACUUAAUAAUUAACAUCUCCGAUUACGUCCCCGUAAAGAAUUUAACCAGUAUUGAAAAAGUCAGAAGGACAUUGGCCGUGAAUUUUUACGGUUACAUAAACUUUGGAAAAUUAAUAUAUCCCCUAUUAAAUGAAAACGCAAGGGUGAUCAAUGUAUCAGGACCUGCGGGGUUACUCGCUACAAUAGAAAAUGAGAAGAUAAGAAAGAGAAUGAGUGAUCCAACUUUGACAGAAGAUGAACUAGUAAUGGUAAUGCAAGAUUACGAAGAAGCUGCUAGAAGAGGUAUUGAAAAAACUGAAGGAUGGGGGCUUAACGUCCAUGCUGUCUCCAAGGUUGCCUUGAACGCGGUCACGUUUUUACAACAUAGACAAUGGAGUGAUAAUGGUAUAGUGAUCAAUUGUAUAAAUCCUGGACUAUCGAAGAUUCGUGAGAAAAGAAAGACUGCUAAGAUGUUCGAAGAAGGCGCUAAAGCGAUAUUAUAUUUGGCAAUGGAAGCGCCGUUGUCGAUGAAAGGAAAUUUCGUGUGGAGCAACUUUUCUGCUAUCGAAUGGAAUUGUGACCCGUACGUUGAAGUGACCACAGUGUAG